AUGAUAAAUACUUGGUUUACAGACUGUCCAAUAACCCUCACAACAUCAUUCCCUAGUUCCAGACAACUUUAUACCUGCCUUGAUAUCACUAAACACUUUUUCCUGCUAAAGUCAAGUCUGAUUUUUCAACACAAGGUUUCAGAAAAGCAACGAAGAGAAGAAGAACUGAAAGAACUGAAGGAAUACAGAAGUAAUCUCAAUAAGGUUGGAAUUUCUCCAGAAAACAAGAAAGAAGUGGAGAAGAAGUUGGCUGUGAAACCAGUAGAAACCAAGAGCAAAUUCUCCCAGGCAAAGCUGUUGGCAGGAGCUGUGAAACAUAAGAGCUCAGAGAGUGGCAAUAGUGUGAAAAGACUGAAACCUGACCCGGACCCAGAUGACAAGAAUCAAGAGGCCGCAUCCUGUGUGUCUCUUGGAAGCACUUCCCUGAGUGGGCCUUCCAUCCACUGCCCCUCUGCUGCCGUCUGUACUGGCAUCCUCCCGGGCUUGGGUGCCUACUCUGGGAGCAGUGACUCGGAGUCCAGCUCAGACAGCGAAGGCACCAUCAACGCCACGGGGAAGAUCGUCUCCUCCAUCUUCCGAACUAACACCUUCCUCGAGGCCCCCUAG